UUAUUAUUAUUGGUUAAGAAAACUCAUAACACAUAGGAUUUUAUUCAUCGAUAACAACAACAACAACAACAAUAGGAUCACUAAAUUGAUCCCAAUUUUUCAAAAACAACAACAAAAUAACCCAUCAUUGCAUCGACUACUGUGUACCAUAAGCUGGCUGUAUAGGAUGAGAUCACCUGUAUGUGUGUUGGAUCAGCUGAUGCAAUGAUGCCGAAGACAAAGAUGUCGUCGUCAACGAUGGCCAGAGUUUUAGCCAAAGAUGUAUUCGAAGAGAUGCGCGAAGAAACCGAGCGACUAUUCCGCGAACUACAGUUAUGUCAGCGAUAUAUAGAUCUUUGUCGACAAUAUCGUCAGCUGGUCCUCGAUUUCAGGAACGGCUGUGUCUGCGACCAGAAUUUGCUUAACGAAACCAAGUUGUCCACUGUUGAGACUGGCUAUACGGAUGUUGAAGAAUCGGCCAUACAGUUGGCGACGGUUGAAAAAGCACAGCAACAACAACAACAACAAGCGAUUCAAACUACCAAAGUCGAGGUCAACGCUGAUAAUAAUAACAAUAUGGACAACAAAUAUGAUGACAACAACGAGUGUCAUAUGUUGUCGGUCAUAGAUUUCGGUGUCGACACCGUCACUGCCGUCGCUGAUGAAUAUGAUGACAACAGCAGAGACUAUAGACCAUCAGCCCUGUCAUCUAAGAGGUUGCGUCGUACUGUGCCAUCGAAACGCAGACCAUACAAGAAACGUACCGGCAAUGACGGAUCAGCCAUCAACAACACAGAUGGACAACAUAAUGAUGACAAUGUUAUCGUCAAACUGGUCAAAGAUAAGGCCAAUCGGUUGCGCAAACGCUACUACUAUUUCAACUACAAGUGCCACUGGGAGGGCUGUCAACGACGAUUCGGUAAACAUGACGAACUACUGGCCCAUAUUAGCAGCGCUCAUACACAGGAACGGCCGCAUAAGUGUCCGCAAUGUGACCGAUCGUUUGCCACCGAAAGCUAUUUGCGUCAACACCGCAAGUCGCACGACACGCAACGGCAACGCUAUGAAUGCGAACUCCUGGACUGCCAGAAGUCGUUUACAACGAAAUCAGGUCUCUUAAAACAUCGGACAACUGUCCAUUCGGACGAACGGCCGUUUGAAUGUACGUAUCCCGAGUGCGGCGCCAAAUACAAGUCAAACGAUGCACUGAAAAAUCACGAAUACAGUCAUCAGACAGCAGGUGGUGGUGAACAACACAACUGUCCGUAUCAGUCGUGUCCGAAACGGUUUACCACAAAAGCCGAUCUUGAGGUUCAUAUGGCCAGACAUACUCGGUCGACGUUGAAACGUGUUCGUCGAAAUUACCGAUGCCAUUGGCCGGGUUGCGACUAUUCGGGUACCAAACAGGAACUGGGUGUACAUGUUAACCGACAUCAAAACUAUAAGCCCUACAGGUGUCCGCAUCAGGGUUGCCAGAUUAGCUACUAUACCGACUACGAUCUCAGACAGCAUACUAUCAAAGUACAUGUGGUGACCAAUCCGGAGGACAAACAGUUCAAGUGUACAGCCCAGGACUGUACGAAAACCUACGCUACCGAACGUGACCUCAAACGUCAUCGGCGCCGACACGACCGUAUCUAUCGAUGUUCGUGGCCCGAAUGCGAUCAGUCGUAUGCGGCCAAAGUAUUGCUGGCCGAACAUAUGGAUCGUCACUUGAAUGUCAAGUCCCAUAAGUGUCACUUAUGUCCGAAAGAAUUUUUUACGAAAAACAAUUGUCGAACUCAUAUGAAAAAUUCUCAGCGCUCGAUGUCAUCAUCGUCUCGGAGAUCAACAACGACUACUCGGACGACACGGAAAGUGAUGGCCGCCAAAGUCGAUGAUGACAUAACUAAGCCGUUGGCGGCGGAGUCGUCGUCGUCGUCGUCCUCGUCGUUAGCCUAUCACUGUUCGUACCAGUCGUGUACGCGUGUGUUCACCACACGAGAAGCACUGGUCAAUCAUCAGUCACGGCAUACGAGAAGGAAAACGGCUGGUAAUGACGGCGGUGGCCGCCGGAAGCGUACCGUACGGCGUGACUGUCUGUGCCAGUGGCCCGACUGCGAGUUUGCCGGUACCAAACAGGAACUGGAAAUACAUAUGAAUCGACACGAAAAUCGGCGGCCAUUUCACUGCCCGGUCGACGGUUGCCAACAAACCUAUAUACGUGACUACGAUCUCCGACAACACCAUCAACGAGUACAUGUGCUUACGAAACCCGAAGACAAACAAUUCAAGUGUCCGGUCGACGGCUGUACUAAAGCCUACGUUACCGAACGUGACCUCAAAUUGCAUCGUCGCCGUCACGACCGUAUCUAUCGCUGUCAUUGGCCCGAAUGUGACCAGUCGUACGCUACGAAAAUCCUAUUAUCGGAACAUAUUGAUCGGCACCAGAAUUAUAGGUCACAUAAAUCAUCGGUAAUGUCUACCGACUGA